UCGCGAUGGCGGUGAAAUUGGCGGAUUGUGCAGCGAGGAUAGGCCAGCCGACGCCCGUCAUAAUUCGAGCUGAUGAAACACUCGACCUUGCGAUUUCAUCCAUUAUGGAGGGCCCUCAUGGGUUGGAAAACCCAGACGUGGCAAAUAUCUGCAAGAUUGUGCCAGAAUGCGACGCGCUUGAAAAGUGCCUCAGGAGGCGCAACCGCGUCCUUGUGGAGGACCUUCGCAAUCAGGCACUCAAGAAAAUGCGCGCACCGAACAAAUACCAGUGUGCAAAGUAGGAUGCGUGAUCCACGCCUUGUCUCAGAAGUCACUAUUCAGGUGCGGGGGGCCUUGUUCCCCAGAGGAAAAGCCGCACUAUUGCUCAAAAGAAUGUCAAAAAUUGGUGAGUCAGCAUAACUUGCAUAUAAAUUGUCUAUAAUCAUGCGUCGAUUCGGGUGUAGGACUGGAAAGUGCACAAAAUGUGCUGCAAAGGAAGGAAAAAGGAGGGUCAGACGUCCACAACCCUCACCAUUGUCCUCCCUGCUGCUCCUGUCUCGGACGACAACGAAACUGGCAUGGAAUCUGAUGGCGGAUGGACUCAAAGUCCGAAGAAGAGGCGUGGCAAAAAGACAAGGGGGUCCGGUUUUCGAGCAAAGCUACCCCCCAAGUGGCCACAUGGAGAUUACAACGCAUAGUGCUGAUGCUGAUCUAAAAAAAUCGCUGCAGAAUGAGCUGGCGUCUCUCUUCAUGGGUCGGAGGAUCGCUUUUCUGCCCUAGAAGUGGAAAUCUGUUUCGUAUUUCACAUUGUCAAGUGGAAUUUUGACAAAGGGUUGCAGAGUGG